CCCGUGUCUCUCCCUCUCGCUGGAUUCACUCAGUGCACAGCCAGUAGUUUGCAGCAACCAAGCGAUAGGCAGCAGUCGUGGGACUCAGCAGCAGCGCUAAUACCAGCAAGGAAAGGCACAUCAUCCAGCGAGGGAGAGGAAUACUUGCAGGCUACACUGAACCUGCGCCUAUCCGCCAUCCGAUUAUUUCCCUUUUCGCAGUGGAUUCUAAACUACUUCAUUGAUAUUUCCUUUGAAACAUGUCUUGUUGUACACUGGACCUGGGAAGGUGAUUAUUUUCUUUUUUCUUGUCUCUUGCUACUGAAAUCAGGGGGUGCCUGGGAGGGAGCACUUUUUCUUGUUGGGCAUGAUUUGGAGCUACUGACUCUCUCUCUAUACAUAUAUGACUUGUGCCAUUGCAUCGCUAAAGGAUCUAUCAGCAGCUUCAGAAGCCACAGAAGCCCCACAGCAUCCCGCCUGCUCUGCCCCUCAGUACCCAGCAAGGUGGACCAUGGCAUUUUCCUGGCAGAUGCACAAUUGCAGAUGAAAGCAGCCGGUGGUGGGCACUGUGCAUUGCACACAUGAAUGAAUGCUGCUCACACUAAUCCCUGACUACAUUCAUCAUUUUAAAGGACACCUUUAUUUUAUAUUUUGCCAGGAUUUCAAUGGAUCCACCCAUGAAAGGGCUAAUUUCCUCCAUACAGACUGUGUGACAUGAUUCCGGGCAGCCCAGGUAUAAGUAGAAGAAGGGAAUGACUACACGCCAUGAGGACACGUUUAAAGUGCUCAACCGGUGCGUGCUGAUCGCUGCAGUUGCUGCUGCUCGCUGAGACGUUGCGCCUGCAGAGCAGGUAUCUGCCCUGGGUACUGACUGUGGCAUCCCAUUGCUUUUCACCCAAGGUAGAGCUUCAAUAGCAUCCCUGUGCAUGGACUGGUCAACUUCAACUCUGCAUGUUUCCCCAAUCCCCAUCCAUUUCAGCUGACAAAGUGAGAGUUUGUAUGACUGUGGAUUCUUAUUUGUACUGUUUGCCUCCGUCUGUAGUCCUGCAAGCGACCCCUUGUCCCUUCUACUAUGUGGUUGUGGCUGAACAGGGAGAUGGAUUUGUUGCACAUUCUGCUUUUAUUGGUAGUGUCCUGGACUCGAUCUCGAGCUCUGAUCAACUUGAAAUACACUGUGGAAGAGGAGCAGAGAGCAGGCACUGUAAUUGCCAAUGUAGCUAAGGAUGCUAAAGAUGCUGGCUUUGUGCUGGACCCCAGGCAGCCUGCCUUCAGAGUGGUCUCUAACUCAGCUCCCCAUUUGGUGGACAUCAAUGCAGCAGGUUUGCUAGUGACCAAGCAGAAGAUAGACAGGGACAUGCUAUGCAGGCAGAGCCCCAAGUGUGUCAUCGGACUGGAGGUCAUGUCCAACUCCAUGGAGAUUUGUGUUAUUAAAGUUGAGAUCAAGGAUCUCAAUGACAACGCCCCUAGUUUUCCUACUGACCAGAUUGACUUGGAGAUCUCGGAAACAGCAAGUCCUGGGACCAGAAUUCCUCUAGAGAGUGCCUAUGAUCCUGAUUCUGGUAAUUAUGGGGUGCAGACCUAUGAGAUUACCCCCAAUGAUUUAUUUGUCUUAGAGAUAAAGACAAGGGGUGAUGGGUCAAGAUUUGCUGAACUGGUAGUAGAGAAAGCCUUGGACAGGGAGACCCAGUCUCACUACAACUACAUUAUCACAGCCCUGGAUGGAGGGGAUCCCUCCAAUUUUGGAACUGUGGAACUAAAUAUCAAAGUGAUAGAUUCUAAUGACAACAACCCGUUGUUCGAGGAGGCUGCUUACACAGUAAAUGUUCCUGAAAACUCUGCUCUUAACACCGUGGUUAUUGAUCUCAAUGCCACAGACCCCGAUGAAGGCACCAAUGGGGAGAUAGUCUACUCUUUUAAUAGCUAUGUGUCAGACAAAACCAGGGAGCUUUUCAAAAUAGACCCCAAGACUGGUGUGAUAACUGUCAGUGGAGCUAUAGAUUAUGAGGAAGGCCAUGUGUAUGAAAUCGAUGUCCAAGCCAAGGAUCUGGGACCCAAUUCCAUCCCUGCCCACUGUAAAGUAACUGUGAAUGUCCUGGACGUGAAUGACAAUGUACCAGUCAUUAAUUUGCUUUCAGUCAACAGUGAGAUAGUAGAAGUGAGUGAGAAUGCCCCCCCUGGGUAUGUUAUAGCUCUGGUUAGGGUCUCAGACAAGGAUUCUGGGAUAAAUGGAAGGGUUCUGUGUAAGCUGCUGGGCAGUGUGCCUUUCCGGUUGCAGGAAUAUGAGAGCUUUUCUACCAUAUUAGUAGAUGGCAGGCUAGACAGAGAACAGAGGGAUCAGUACAAUCUAACCAUCCAGGCCAAAGACAGUGGCAACCCAUCCUUGCAGUCUACAAAGUCAUUCACGGUGAGAAUUACAGAUGAGAAUGACAACCACCCUCACUUCUCUAAAACAUUCUAUCAGGUGAUUGUCUCUGAAAACAACACCCCUGGGGCUUACCUGUUGUCUGUUUCAGCCAGAGACCCUGACCUGGGCUUAAAUGGCAGUGUGUCCUACCAACUUGUUCCAUCCCAAGUGAGAGAUAUGCCAGUGUUUACCUAUGUGUCCAUCAACCCAACCUCGGGAGACAUUUAUGCCCUGAGAUCUUUCAAUCAUGAGCAAACAAAAGCCUUUGAAUUUAAAAUUCUAGCAAAGGAUGGAGGUAAUCCAUCACUCCAGAGCAACGUGACUGUCAGGGUCAUAGUGGUGGAUGUAAAUGAUAACACUCCAGUGAUCACUGCUCCACCUCUUGUCAAUGGGACCUCUGAGGUGUAUAUUCCCAGGAAUGCAGGUGUGGGUAACUUUGUGACUAUGGUAAAAGCCGAUGAUUAUGAUGAAGGAGAGAAUGGAAGGCUUUCCUAUGAGAUUUCCGAAGGGGACAGAGGCUUUUUUGAGAUUGAUCAGGUCAAUGGGGAGAUUAGGACCACCAGAACUUUUGGGGAAAAUUCCAAGACAACUUAUGAAUUGAUUGUGGUGGCGCACGAUCAUGGAAAACCAUCCCUUUCAGCAUCUGCCUUGAUUCUUAUCUAUCUGUCCCCAGCCUUGGAUGCCCAGGAGUCCACAGGAUCUGUUAAUUUAUCUUUGAUUUUUAUUAUUGCCUUGGGAUCCAUUGCUGCAAUUCUUUUUGUCACCAUGAUUUUUGUGGCAGUGAAAUGCAAGAGAGACAACAAGGAAAUAAGGACAUACAAUUGCAGAAUAGCAGAAUAUUCAUACGGCCACCAAAAGAAGUCCAACAAAAAGAAAAAAAUCAGCAAGAAUGACAUCCGCCUGGUGCCCCGAGAUGUAGAAGAAACAGAUAAAAUGAACGUGGUGAGCUGUUCCUCCCUUACUUCAUCCCUAAACUACUUUGACUACCACCAGCAGACCCUCCCGCUUGGGUGUAGGCGUUCAGACAGCACCUUUCUUAAUGUGGAAAAUCAAAACACAAGGAAUGCAGGGUCCAACCACGUUUACCACCACACCUUCACGAACCAGAGCCCUCCACAGCCUGACCUCAUCAUCAAUGGAAUGCCCCUUCCUGAGACCGAAAACUACACAUUCGAUACAAACUAUGUGAACAGCAGAGCACAUCUGAUUAAAAGUUCAACCUUCAAGGACUUGGAGGGGAAUAGUCUCAAGGACAGCGGGCAUGAAGAAAGUGACCAGACUGACAGCGAACAUGAUGUCCAACGGGGCUUGUACUGUGACACGGCUGUCAAUGAUGUGCUGAAUACCAGUGCCAAUUCAAUGGGGAAUCAGCUGCCAGAGCAAGAUCAGAAUGAAGGCUUCCAUUGCAGAGAAGAAUGCCGGAUUCUUGGACACUCCGAUAGAUGUUGGAUGCCGAGGGUCCCCAUCCCAAGUCGCGCCAAGUCUCCGGAGCAUGGAAGAAAUGUCAUUGCAUUGUCAAUAGAAGCAUCUACUGUGGACACAGAGCCUUUUGAAGAGUGUAAAACCAAAAGAACUUUUGCAACUUUUGGCAAAGAUGGCAGUGAGAAUACUACUGAUGAUAGGGCUACUUUAAAGGGGAAAAGGACAGUUGAUCUGCCAGUCAGCAGCCCUAAAGUGAAUGGUAUUGUCCGUGAAGCAGGGAAUGGCUGUGAAGCUGUCAGCCCAAUCACUUCUCCCUUGCAUUUAAAAUCUGCAGCACCGUACAACAUAAUGCACUGCCCUGGCAACCAGGAUGUGGAGCAGUUUGUAAACAAUGGUCCUUCUCGGCCUACAGAGGCAGAGCCUAGAGGGGUGUACAUUGAAAACAUAAUGCAUGAAAUCAACCCUUUACUGCAAGAAUGUCGAGAAAAAGACUCUCUGGGAGUUAAGAGACUUAAAGACAUUGUCCUCUAAGCAUCAAGCAGAGUGCAUUGAGGAAGAAGGACUUUCCAAAAUUACCAUUUGUUUUUAACUGAUUACCAAUGGUUCACAGGUUGCUGUAUUUAAAGCUUUUCCCUAAAUGUAUUGUUUAUAAAUCAAGCUAUUGUUAUGUGACAAUCCCAAACUUUUUCGGCAGGGGUGUUCAAUCUGAGCAAGCAGCUGACUCCACACCAUUCCUCAUCUUUUCUUGCGCUGAACAUAAAAAACUGUUAUUACCAUCAAUGUACAAAGUAUUAUGUAUGUAUUAAGUAUUUUCAAUUUAUAUAUUUUUAUAAACAUAUAUAUCAAAAUUAUAAUAUAAAUUAGCAUUAUUUGUACAGAACUCAAAAGAAAAAAAAAACAACUACAUUCAAAUUUCUUGGCUACUGGUUUUGUAGCAUAGUUGAGAACCAUUUCUUGUGUGACAUUCUAAUUUUGAUGAGGUGAGCUAUAGACAGGGAAAUGCUAAUCCUAAUAAUUUCCUUCAUUCUAGGUUGCUGCUUUUGCUAUGGACACCCCUGCAUCCAAAGUCCUUUUGCUGUUACAUCUUGCUAUCUGUUCUAUUACUGUAUUUGAUAUUUAAAAUUUUGUUCAGUAAUGGCAAAAGGCAUUCAAGUAAAAAUUCAAUAAAAAAAUUGUAAUCUUUCUUGAAUAUUUUUAAAACGAUGCCUAAUUUUUCCUCUGCAUUUUUAGCUUGGUAUGAAUUUGUACAGUGUAGUUUAUUCCACUAUUUUUUUAACAGUGUACGAAGAUGAUAUCCCCUUUGUCAAUGAACUGUUAUUUAACUAGUCUUUAAUGCAAGGUUUUGUGAACAAUUCUUAAGCCCAUUCUCUGUCUCAGCAAAGGCAAUGCUUUCUUCCCAAGCCAUUGUUCUUAUAAAUAAUCGACUCAAGGUCCUGACACCGAUGUAAGAGAUUUCCCCCCUUCUUCUAUUUUCACGUAUUCAUUGUCUCAAUCAAUCUCAACUUUAUGGGGGUUUUUUGUGUUUCUCCUCCCAGUGGAAAUGUCAUGAAGUUUACAUUUAUAUUCGUACACAGUACCUUUUUAUUAUCCGGAUUAUUGUCAGGAUACUGACAGAAUGAAGUUAUUUGAAAAAUGAUCAAAUAAAAGCUCCUGCUUUUUUGACAACUAUAAAUUAAAUAAAUAUAAUAUUGCAAUCCUAAAAUAGGCUUUAAAGAUAACAACAAGGUUGGCUUUGAGGCAGAAGAGAGAAGGCAUUUUUGCUGGAUCCCUUCCUAUUAAGAAAGUUAAAAGAAGACAACACCAUCAAGUUUAACCCUUUAUUUAGUUUAUUUCUAGUUAAGUUUGAAUUGACAGAUACAUCAGACAGAAGUCUAAAGCUAUCUCCAGUUUGACCAUUAGAAAAGGUGGCAUUACAAUAGUCAUUUCUCCACAACACCCAACCAAUCAGGAGGCCAAACAGUCAGAUACUAUAUGAUGGUGAUGAUACACAUGUAGGGGUGCCCUUGAUUACGAUUAUGAUCAGCUCCAUAGCCAGAAGGAUCAAAACUUCACUUUCUGUUCUGCAGAUGCACUGUGUAUCCAUCAAUAUGGAGCAUCAGCAGGUACAGUUUACAGAGUGGCUUAUCUGUGAUCUGACAGUAUUGCAAGAUGGUCUGUUGAAACCCCCUCUAACUUUACUGAUAGGUACUAUACACAAAAUUGACCAAACUGCUCAACUAAACCUGGGCACAUAUGGCCAGUUCAAGAGAAAAGUAUCUUCAUGACUCAUUAAUGGCAUCUGGACUAGAUGAUGGAUUACCACUCAAUUAUAUGUGUUGUAUAUAUACACCAUGUACUGUGCUCAGUGUCAGACUGGCCCAUCGGGACACCAGGAAAACUCCUGGUGGGCCCAUACCAUUUAGCCUAUUUCAUGGUCAUUCCCUAUUUCUUUAUGGGAAAAAAUGCAUAACAAUGGAAGAAUAUAGUACGUUUUCUGGUGGGGCCCUGGAAUCCCAGUCUGACACUGACUGUACUAUGAAAUAAAAAAAGAUCUUAGACAGAAAAUGUACUUGGUAAUAAUAAUCCACAAUUUUUCCAGAUCAAUCAGCUCACAAGUAAAUGCUACCUGCUAAUUGGUUGCAAUGGGCAACUGUAUUUAACUUUGCACCUGUUUUUACAUUAUACACUAUUUUUUAUCAUUCUUGGGUAUUUUUUUUAUUUAUGUCAGCUGUUGUUCAAGGACAAUUCCGAACAUAGGUGGAUUCUAGUAGAUGUAGUUCAGUAGUAUCUGGAGGGCUGCAGGUAGAACAUUUCUCAAUUUGAGGCCAAUUUUUUUCUCUAAUACAGCCCUGAUUAUAAUAUUGGUUAAUGCGACAGAAAUCUCACAGGGACAAAUAUGAGACUAAAACAAUUACAAUGUUUUUAUAUGACCUGUAUUGUCAAAUGGUAAAAUAAAUACAGUGCAAUGCUAUCAGAAAUCA